UCCGCGACGCGGGGGCGGGAUUUUGACGGAGAAGACGUGGCACUCGCAGAGGAACGUGGGUAACAGAAAGGAAAGAUGUCGGACGACGAGAUCCUGGAGCAGACGGUCGCUGAGGACCUGGUGGUCACCAAGUACAAAAUGGGCGGUGACAUCGCCAAUCGUGUUUUGAAGUCCUUGGUUGAAGCAGCCAACGUGGGAGUAUCUGUGAUGUUCCUUUGCGAAAAAGGCGAUACCUUAAUCAUGGAAGAAACAGGAAAGAUUUUCAAAAAAGAGAAAGAAAUGAAAAAAGGCAUUGCUUUUCCCACCUGUGUAUCUGUGAACAAUUGUAUUUGUCACUAUUCUCCUCUCAAGAGUGAUCCAGAUUACAUUCUGAAGGAUGGAGAUCUUACUAAAAUUGACUUGGGUAUUCAUGUGGAUGGAUUCAUUGCUAAUGUAGCACACAGUUUUGUUGUUGGUAGUAAGGAUAUUCCAGUGUCUGGUCGCAAAGCUGACGUUAUCAAAGCUGCACAUUACUGUGCUGAAGUGGCUUUAAGAUUAAUAAAACCUGGCAAUGAGAAUAUAAAAGUGACGGAAGCAUGGAACAAGAUUGCUCAGGCCUUUAAUUGUACACCAAUAGAAGGUAUGUUGUCACAUCAAUUGAAGCAACAUGUUAUUGAUGGGAAUAAAACUAUAAUCCAAAACCCUACAGACCAACAGAGGAAAGAUCAUGAAAUUAUUGAAUUCGGAUUGCAUGAAGUGUAUGCUGUUGAUGUUCUUCUAAGUACUGGUGAAGGCAAGGCAAAAGAUGCUGGACAAAGAACAACAGUUUAUAAGAGGGACCCAACACAACAAUAUGGUUUGAAAAUGAAAACAUCUCGUGCAUUUUUUAGUGAAGUUGAAAGACGAUUUGAUACGAUGCCCUUUACUUUAAGAGCAUUUCAAGAUGAAAAAAAAGCCAAGAUGGGUGUAAUGGAAUGUACUAAGCAUGAACUUCUUCAACCAUUCAAAGUACUUUAUGAGAAGGAGGGUGUGUUUGUUGCUCAGUUUAAGUUUACAGUCCUCCUCAUGCCAAAUGGUCCUCUGCGAAUUACCAGUGGAAUGUUCAAUAGUGAAAAUUAUAAAUCAGAGUUUGAUGUGAAGGACCCUGAGCUGAAGGUCCUGCUCCAAAGCUCUAUUAGUAGAAAGUCCCAUAAAAAGAAGAAAAAAAAGAAUUUCAGAUUGGAAGUCAAUUGUAAUACAGAUGAUAUGAACAUGAAAAAUGAGGCUGGAAACUGACCUAUUUAAUUUGUAGCCCAAACGACCAUACCUUUGACAUAAUUCAUGUAUCUGAUGACAAGAUCACUUCACAGCAAUUUUUAGUACAAUUCUGUUUCAUUGCAGAGAAGAUACAAGUAUUCACAGUAAUGACUUCAGACUACUUAAAAAUAAUAAAAAUAUGAAACAUUUGCUGCGUGUAUGGUUUAUAUUUUAAGUUUGUUUUGAGAUAAAAGCCAUUCAGUAGAUUGUUAAUUUCAUAUAUUUGCUAAUUCCAGUCAUUAAGCUUUUAUAUUGUACAUUAUCUCAGGGCUUGAAGAGUUCUACAAGUUAAUAUGUUCAGAUAGUAUUUUUAGAAGCCACUUUUAAUUUCGUUAUGUCUUAAGACAAUGAGAUCACUUAUACAUAUUCUGCUUCCAGAAGUAAAAUCCAAUUUCUUUAACUAGAUCUAAUUUUGCAGUUUUUUUGGUAUUUAAGAAAUUUCAAAUUGAAGUUAGUAAGGCAACAUUCAAUAUUCUAAAUCCUUUGUUGUUUGUUGUGUUCCUUGAAGUAAUUUUUUUAAUCCUAAUUUGAAGAUGAUUUUCAAGUUCAGUGAAUUUUUCUAUUGCUUGCUCAAAAUUUGUCCUUCAACAAUGAUUAUACUGUUUUAAUUUUUAAAAUAACUGAAUUUGAUCAUGGAAAAGUGGAAUUAUGUAAGUAUGACACAGUAGCCAAAAGUCUGUACUACUUACAUGAAUUAAUUGCUUUAUGUUCCCAUGAUAUACAACUUCUAAUUUAGUUGACCUUUUGGUUCAUAUGGGGUUAAAUAAA